AUGGAGUUGGAGAGUAGUGACGAAGAGGCAGUUUUUAUAACGCCGAAUACCAUUUCUCAGCAUUCAAGCUCAAUUUUCAAUUUGCAGUUGCAUGAUUUUUUGUUUGAUAAUGCAAAUUGUUUGGAAGUAGAAGCCAACAUCGGAGAGAAAAAUAAUGAGUUAGAGAUACAAGAACCGAAGCGGGACAUUGCCGUUGUUUCCGAUGUUGAUCUACAUCGCAGAGUUGAAGCCACAAUACCACAUGGAACCAAAUGUGCUACAGCUUGGUGUGUUCAGACCUGGAAGGAAUGGGCAGAAGAGCGCUCAAAAUUAUGUUCCACUUCGGUCUCGGAUAAAUACCAAGUAGUCGACCUCGACAUACUACAGUUGAGCAAAGAAGAACUCGAUUACUGGCUAGCGAAGUUUGUAUUGGAGGUACGCAAAAAGAAAACUCCAGGUGAAUGCUAUCCACCAAAUACUUUGUAUCAAAUUUGCUGUGGAAUUCAAAGAUUUUUGAAAGAAAACGGGAAGCAAGAAUUCAAGUUAUUUACAGACACUUCGUUCAAGCUCUUCCAAGAUGCUUUAGAUUCCGAGAUGAAACGCUUAACAUCAAAGGGUGUGGGAGUCCAAAUAAAGCAAGCUGAGGCGUUUAGUGAGGAGCAAGAAGAAAAACUUUGGAGCAGUCAUGUUUUGGGUUCACAUUCGCCAAAAGUGUUAUUAGACACUAUGGUGUUCCUCAUCGGGAAGAAUUUCUCCUUGCGUAGUGGUAAAGAGCAUCGUAGCCUUUCAUUUUCACAGCUUAGCUUAGUACCACCAAAGAAUGGGGAACCCGAAAAGUUGGUGUACACCUCGUAUGGAGAAAAAAACAACGCUGGAGGUUUGAAACAUCGUUCAUUCAAAGGAAAACGAGUUGAACAUUAUGCAAACGAAGAGCGACCUGAAAGAUGCCUGAGUGACAAGGUUCUCAAUAACAACGAUUCUUAUUCUGAGAACCCUAAUGCUUCUCAAUAUAAGUAG